AUGGCCACUCCAGUCCCUUUCUCAGAGCCGCCGUGGCUGCUGGGCCUUCCUAGCCCCAUUUACAAGGAAACCCACCGGAAGUGGCAGGCCGCCAUCCGCCCUUUCAUAGAGGAGCACCUUCACAGCCAUGCGCGUGAGUGGGAGAGGGCAGAGACGGUGCCUGACCACGUCUUCGGCGACUUCGCCAAGGCGAACAUGCUGAUUCCGGCGCUCCCAGCUCCGCUCCCAGUCGCGUGGCUGAAGCGGCUUGGCAUCCACGAGCUGCUCGGCGGCGUGAAGGUCGAGGAGUUCGACUAUCUGCACUCACUGAUCUUCGCGGACGAGAUGGCGCGAAGCGGUCUGGCUGGCCCCGGUGGGAGUCUGACAACGGGUGUGGCGUUCGGUGUCCCGCCGAUCCUGAAGUUCGGCAACAAGCAGCUGCAGGAGAAAUACCUGCCCGAGCUGCUGAAGGGCGAGAAGAGGAGCUGCAUCGCCAUCACGGAGCCCGAUGCUGGUAGUGACGUUGCCAACAUCACAACCACGGCGGUUAAGAGCAAGUGUGGCAAAUUCUACAUCGUGAACGGAACCAAGAAAUGGAUCACCAAUGGUAUUUGGACAGACUAUUCAAGCAUGGCAGUUCGCACUGGCCCAGAAGGCUCUGGUGGCGCCGGCCUGUCCAUGCUUGUCGUUCCUCUCAAGAAUACGCCGGGGGUCUCGAUGCGUCGCCUCAAAGUAGCAGGUCAAAUCUCGGCAGGAACCACAUACAUCGAACUGGACGAUGUCAAGGUGCCCGUUGAGAAUUUGAUUGGCCAGGAAGGCAUGGGAAUGCGCUACAUCAUGACGAACUUCAACCACGAGCGCCUGACCAUCGCCGUUGGAACUACGCGGCAGGCACGUGUUGCUCUCAGUGCCGCGUUUGAGUACGUCCUCAAGCGCGAGGCCUUUGGCAAGCCGCUCAUGGACCAGCCUGUUGUACGACACCGUCUCGCUAAGGCUGGAGCACUCUUGGAAAGUCAGAGCGCGUGGGUUGAGCAGUUCGCGUACCAGAUGACCCAGCUCAAGAAGGACGACGCGGACCGAGAGCUGGGAGGCCUUACCGGGCUGCUCAAGGCGCAGGCCGGAAUCGUGUUGAAGGAGGCAGCAGACACAGCGGUACUGUUGUUCGGUGGCAACGGAUUCACGCGUAGCGGUCAAGGCGAGAUAGCAGAGAUGAUCUACAGAGAAGUCCCCGGUACUCGCAUCCCAGGAGGUAGUGAGGAUGUUAUGCUGGAUCUGGCGGUCCGUCAGUUGGUCAAAUUGUACAAGGCAAAGACCCAGGCAUUGGAGGCCGGUUCCAAGCUAUGA